AUGUCCGCACCUGCAUCUGCAUCUGAAGCCACGGAUUUGGCGCCCAGCUUGCAAGACGAGUCAUCGUCUGGUGUGGGUUCGGCUGCGGAUGGCAUCGAUGACACAAGCGCUGCUGUAGAGCCGCGUAGGGGAUCACGCACACGCAAACCGACUUCUAGGGCAGCAGGGCUGGAACCCACCGAGAUUGCAUCUGCGUCUCAUGGAGCUCAGCAAAAGGUCACACGCUCGCUUCGGAAGCGAAAGGCGGAUGAUGUCGGCGCAGAGCAGGAGGAAACGACGGAGCAUGAGGUUGCUACUGUAUUCGAAAAGGAGAGCACGGAAGGCGUUCAAGAGGAUGCCGAUGAGAAGCGUUACUGUAUCUGUCACGGCAGAGAUGAUGGAACCUUUAUGAUUUCUUGCGAGCGUUGUCAGAACUGGUUCCACACCAAAUGCAUCGGCAUUACACAAAAAGCUGCCAAGAAGCUCGACGAAUACAUCUGCGAGGCUUGCUCCAGCACGGCCGCCGCCUCCGACAAAGCAGCCGCGCCAAAGCAGAUAAAGCGGUACAAGUCCUCGCGAGCACAGCAAGCAUCUCGAAUCGCAAAAGCGUGCACGGAAGAGUCUGAUUCGGAACAUGAAGACAAGGAAGUAGACGAUUUCGAAGAGGAAAGCGCUUCAGACGACGAUUACAUUGGCGAAGUCGAAGAUGACGCCUCGAAUCACGAGGUUGCGGCCAGCCCAAACGUCACCCAGCCGACGCCUUCGGCAAGACCGCAACAGCGCAAGCAAGUCUCCUCAAGCAUUGCGAUUUUGAAAGCAAACACAGCUGCGUCUGACUCUGCCAACGCUGGCAGGGUGUCGCAGCGCAGAACAUCUGACGCCUCGAGACGAGCGAGCGCAUCUAGCAAGCCCGCCGCCGCUUCAAAGAAAGGCGCAUCACGCAAGCCCACUGGGCCUACCGAUGCCAGCACUGAAGAAGCCAGAUCAAGGGCCCGCAAGGUAUUGGCGACUGCUCUUGAAAUGAUUUUCAGCAGCGCCACGGAGAAGAAAAAGUCAACAGGAGCAGCAGACGAAGACGAGGAGUCCGACGAGCAACGCGCGCACAGCUUUGCUUCGCUUCUGGAGGAGGACCUCUUCGACUCGAAUGCUGAUACCCAUGGCUCGAUCCGUGUUGUUGGUUCAAAGUACAAAGAUCGCUUCCGCACUUUUCUGUUUAGUCUCAAGGAUGCAAAGAACACCACGUUGCAUUCUAGGAUUUCAUCAGGCCAACUGCAGCCAUCUGAGCUGGGCAAAAUGACCAACGAAGAGUUGGCGAAUGACUCCAUCCGCCAGGCCACUGAGAAGGCUCGGCUCGAGGCGCUACAAAGGAGCACCUUGCGUUCAGAGGAUGCAGGACCGUUGCGCAAGAUGACGCACAAGGGCGAGAUUGAGAUUGAGAGCGAUGCCGUCAUCGCUCGAGAUCAGACGGACAAAUUCGAAAGAGCGCUCGAUGCCAAACAAAAGGGACGCUCCCAAAGGCCUCCGGCGUCAAGAGUGUCCGAAAGCGAACCAGUGAUCCCAACUUCAAUGCAUGCUGCUGAGGAUGAGGACGAACAAGGGACGGCUGACUCACUUGCGAAAGACGAUCCUGAGCGUCGCUCUGCGCCUGCACCCAAGCUUGCUCAAGCUUCACCCAGUCGCCUCAACUUUGGUGAUGUGUGGAUUAAAAGCGAGGGCGACGCUUCCAGUGACAACCACAGUAAGGAGCCUCAAGAAUCAUUUGGCUUUGGGAUCGGUUCUCCGCACGAAGAAGAGUACGAUCAGAGUAUCGGAGUGGACCAAGAUGGCGCUGCUACAGCUGGUGUCGACGACUUUAUCGAUUCAUUUCUUGACGGUGCUGCUGACGAGAUUGACAGUGCCGCCCGGAUCGUAUCGGAACAAGAGGUCCAACGAUCCACAACUCCAGGUGUAGAUCCCCCAGGCAGCACUCUGCACCGCUACCGCAGCGUCAUCUGGAACGGUCUCAUCGAUCUGCCAGAUGUCUUUGCAUUCCAAGGACACGUCAAGCAGAUAGCGGGACGUAGCCUGACCUCUGCGGCUACGGUCUGGCCAAGAUUUUUCCCAGAACGGGCGCUCCUCAUCGCUGGUCGACUGCCUUCAAAGGCUGCUGUCGACUAUCUGCUCCAAGUGGUCAAUGCGCCAAGGACUGAGAUCCUCGCCUUCACCAUGGAGCCAGGCGUCGUCAAGGACAGCGCAGUGAAACAACAAGAAUCGGACCUUUUCAGCUUCGAUGGGAUGUUUCAGCAUUUCAAGAACGCCGACAGGUGGGGAGCUUUACACAUCUCAUCCAGCGUCAAAGGAAGUCUCAUCAAGGAUUUUUACCUUGUUCCGCUGCAGAAAGACGAAGAAGUGCCACUCUGGCUCGACAUGGUCGAGUCAGAUUGUUUGGGGUCAGAUUGGCAUGCCAAACGCGACCGUGAUCUGCUCGUGCUUGUGGCAGUGGUGAUCCGCGACGCAAUGCAGAAUGAGCUGUCCAAGGCGGAGAGAUCGCCGACGCGUCCAAGAAGCGCGACCAACGAAAACCGCAGAAAUGGACAUGGCCAAACAGCAUCUGUGCCGGAAGAGCCGUACAAUCCAUCAGCCGGUCUGCACCUCGGUCUGGAUCAGUCGGGCAUGGACCAUACCGGGGCAGUAAGCGGCGCUGCGCCUUCAGUUGGGGCUUUUGGUUCAGAUGCUCUGCAAUCACUCCUCCGCACGCUCGGAAAGACGACCGCUCCGCCUGCUCCUGGUAGCGUUCAAGCUGCUCUUCCGACAGGCCUGAGUUCAUCGGUCCCCAUUUUGCCUGCUGUGUCGCCUUCAGGGCCUCCUCCCGGACCGCCUCCUGGACCUCCUCCGGUGCUUUCAGGCGUUUCACCGCCUGCUGUUAGGUCACCCAUGGCCGGCUCCUGGUCGCCGUAUCCAACUGCCGGAGCAUUGGGCGACGCGGCUACACCAACGCAACAUUGGCAGCAGCAGCAACCCUAUCUUGGCUAUCAUCAGGGCUAUGUGCCUGUUGCAGACCCGCCGGCGUACGGACAAGGCGGUGGAUGGGGUCAACAGCAGAGCUGGCACCCGCCGCCGCAGACCUCAGCGCCCCCGGCGCCGCAAGAAAUGCCAGAGGAAGAAUAUCCGGGACAGUAUAACCCGGACUUUCUGGCUCAAGCUGGCGCUGGCACACAGCGUGGAGGCGAAGGACGCGGAUUUGGCUACGGUCAUGGCCAAGGCCAAGGCAGAGGCAGAGGCAGAGGAGGGUGGAGUAGAGGAAGAGGCUGGUGA